UUGACAUUCUAAUGCUAAAAGUCAGUAUGAAGUUAUAAACAUUUUUUUUCUUCAUAACAAAGAUAUAAAAAUAAGUUUCAUAAACUCUGCAAAAUUUAUGUAUAAAAAUCGAAAUAAAUUCAAAAGUGUGGUUAUGAUACAGGAGAGUAGCACAAUCAACGAGAUAGUUAAAUUUUCUGGCUACAGCCUCGGACAAUUGUGUUAUGAGCAAUAAUUUAGCAGGCAUUCCCGGCACACGAGUUCACGUGGACGUAAACAGUCUUUUCGAUGUCUACUGUGAGUUAAAUUGUCCUGUGAAUCGCACUGAAAAUCAUGCAAAUCAAAAUGUAAAUUCCAUAACGGAAAAGUUUCCCACAAAUUUUCGUGAUGAUAACCUGUUGAAGAUGCUGCAGUUGUUUGCGAGUACACCGUGCGAAAACGAAGGCGUUCCAGUGGGGAUGUAUUCAUUCGUGUUGACUGCGGAAGACUCGCAUUGGAGAUUUUGCUUCUGUCGUUAUGACCUCGAUACAAAUUCGAUUAUGAUUAUACUAACGCGCCUGCCGUGGCAUGAGACCUUCUUCAAUAUGAUGAUAACGCUUGCAGAACUUAAGCAACGAAAUGCAAAUGAUUUUCAUGUAUUUCUCUCGAAUUGUUACAAGGCUGCGGUGCCGCCACGAGGCGAAGUUACGCUUGUAGCGGUUGGGGGCACGAGUCGUAAGAUGUUAUCCUUUGAGCAACCAUCCUUUUAUAAAUUGCCCUGUAUUCCAGGCAAUCAUAAUUUGACUGUAUUUUACAAUUUUGCCACGCCUAAAGUUAUGCUUGCUAUAAUUGCUUCGCUCAUGCUUGAACGACGCGUCAUUAUCACAUCCCAACAGCCGGAUCGACAUUCCGCCUGCGUCCAAGCCGCUAAUGCACUACUCUAUCCCAUGGAAUGGCAACACACUUACAUACCCAUAUUACCGAUGCAACUACGCGAUUAUCUUAUGGGACCCAUGCCAUAUCUAAUUGGUGCACCGAUAUCGGUUUUAGACACGGUUUGCAGAGGUGAACUUGGUGACGCGAUCAUAUUCAAUUGUGAUGUUGGCACUUAUGAAAGUUGUUAUAAUGAUGUGCAGCAAUUACCGCAGAGUAUUGUUAAAGAUAUGCAAGAUGAAUUUAGACAUUCAAAGCAGCACAAUGGUGAACUCAUCUCAUAUGUAUUUCUAUUGAUGAUGGUGCGUUUGGUUGGCAAAUACCGUGAUGGCAUUAAAUUUGAAUCGGAUCCAUUUUUUUGUGAGAAUGCAUUUUUGUCCAAAUGUCCUCAAACGAAACACAAAUUUUUGCGUCAAUUUUUGUCCACAUCUAUGUGUGUUCACUUCUUACGUACACGCUUGAGUAUGCUAAAGCAUGGACCGAUGUUGUGGGAUCGAUUUGAAAUGGAAAGCGCUAUGCAUACGCAACCGAAGAAGAAUGGUUGCUGUGGUGGUGCCAAGAAGAAAAAAUUCAAAGAAACAGAUGAGAUCUAUGAACCGCUCAAUAGUUUUCAAAAUCAAUUAUUUAAAUCUUUGGAAAUAACUGAAACUAUUAAAAUGCAAUUGGAAGAUUUGCGAAAAUCUCAGCAGUAUAAAGACGCAAAAACACACGCAGAUAUGAAGGAACUAUUCGGUAGUCUUCGUUAUACCCUGUCAUAUGCAACAUCAGCAUACAAUAGUUUGGAGGCACAAAAUGUCGAAGAGAUGAAAAAUCUGGGAUAUACUGAAAUAAAUGCGAGUACGUUUAAAAACGAUUCGGUGCAAGAAAAAGGAGGAAGUUCUAAACCACGUUAUAAUGGGUGACCUCUACGUCACCAUAUUUAUCUAACUCGCCACAAUAUUGCUUGCUUCGAUUUUGCGAAUGGAAUGUCAUAUCAUAUUAGAAUUGUGCAAUAAAUGUAUUGAUACGUGAAAAGACUAA